GGAUAACUGACAAUAUAUAUUGAAGAUAUGGCGGGAAAGAUGACGUCGAUAAGGAAGGGACAGAUAGUUGUCCGCCCUCAGGGUCAGACUACCUGUGUUUAUCAUAGACAGACUAUUUUGGACUGGUAUUGCAAAACAUGCUGCGAUGCGAUAUGUGCUAAAUGCAUUUCCACUACCCACAGUGGUCACGUAUUUAAACCACUGAGUGAGGAAAUGCCGAACAGCAAGGCAAAAAUCGUAGCAUUCGUCAAUGAAUCUGAAAAAGACAAACUCGGAGAUAUCCAAAAGGAAAUAAAUUCUACAAACGAUGAUUUAAAACGGCAUUUGGAUCGUUUCGAAGCAUUAGCAUCUAAAGUGAAAACUCAGGGUGAAAGGCUACAGGAAGAACUAAGUGCUUUGGUAUCAAGAACACUUUCACAGUUGAAACAUUUAGAAGAAGAAAAUACCAAGUUAUUUAUCACUUACCGAACGGAACUUGAGUCAAAGCUUGAAGCAUUGGAAAAACAACUAAACUUUUGCAAGGAAUCUCUCCAGACAGGCACACCUAUUGAACUAUUUGAUAUUGCAUCUGGACUCCAAACUCAUACCACCUUACCAACAAAACCAUGUCUGGCUACCGCACAGUUUAGUCCUAGUAGCAAUCCGCAUCAACCCUUAGAGCUGGCAUUGGGUAAGAUAGUAUUGACCUCAUCUGACCAAUCUCAACAGAACAGAUUAGCUGCUCAAUCCAAACCGCAAGUUACAAGAUCAUCGAAGGAAGUUCAGACACACGGCGGUGAGCGAGGAGAUCAACGGGGAAUUUCGAAAUUUCCGAGAGGGUUUCCCAGACCAGAUACAAAGGGGGGACACCUGGUGUUUCACAAAGAUUUCGGAAAUGAAGGACUAUCUGAUGAUCUGAAUACCCAUUUAGCUCAAUUACGGACAAAGAUCAGUCGAGCAGAGGAAAAUGCACUUUCGCAGCCCAGCGUCUUGACAACCUGGAAGCCGCCGUGUGACAUAACGUCCGUCUGCCCGUCUAGUGUUGACGGGAUAUGGACUUGUGAUAACAGUGCAACUGUGACGCUGCUUGGCAACCAAGGACGAGUGGAGAAACAGCUUCAGAAUCCUGGCAAUGUCAGAGACAUCUGUAUAUCCCCUACUACACACACACUCUGGGCAUGCUCUCACACCGAAAACAGUAUCACGGAGCUGGAAUGUGGAGCUCUUACAUGCAGAUUCAAGACAACGGACAUACCAAAGUGUAUAUGUCUAAAAAAGGAUGGCCAUGUCCUUAUUGGAAUGAAAAAGAAAAUAGUAGAAUACAAUCUAGGAGGAGAAAUGGUCCUCACCGUUACCACGACACAGCAUGGGAAGCCAUUAGCGUGUACACCCUGGAGGAUGUCACAAUGCCCUGUCAGUGAGAAAGUGGCUGUAGUGGAUCUAGAUCGAGUAGCAGACGAUGGCCAGGACCUUCCCCACAUCAUUGUCAUGAACAAGAACCUGCAUCUAAUACACCGGUACGGACGUCCGCAGCAUGACGGCAGAUAUGGGUCAGGACCAUUUGACCCUUGUGACGUAGCAUACGACACUCAGGGACAACUGGUUGUAGCUGAUCGUACCAACCGUUGCAUACACCUUCUGAGUGGCGCCGGAAAUUAUCUAAGGCGCCUUCAUAAUGACAUAGGCGCAGCCUGGUUUGUAAGCGUGGACAGGAACGGAGUUCUGUGGGCAGUAUUUAGUUAUGGUGGUAAGCAAGUCAGCCGAAUACAGUAUAUGACAGAACAUAGUGCAUGAAUACUACAUACGAAUGUUGUCAUUAGCGAACGCUCCAAUAAGGCGUCAUGUCAGUAAUAGGACAUCCCUCGUACAUAAGUAAAGAUGAGACUCAAAACUUCUAAAAGCAAUUGUUUGUAAUAAAAGUGACAUAGAAAUCAUGGGUCUGGUCAUUUAGGCGGAUCGUCAUUUUUUUCUUUCGUAAAUCUUGACGGAUAUACAUGCAAUCAUCGAGGCUUGUCUGAAAGCAACGUAAAAUCACUAGACCGUUCUUAUUUCGUAAUCCUUUGGUCCUGCAUAUCAAAUCGUUUUGAUCUCAAUUAACAAAAACGUACCAUACUACUUGCAUGCAUAGUUGCUACAUGUAUACCACAGUAAUACUAGGAGGUCGUAAAGACGCCAACAGCACGUGAUCGUGGUACUGGUGAG